AUGGUUGCCCGUCGUGGCGCCAAGCCGCCCGCCAAGCCGACGCCGGCGCCAGUGGCCGAGCCGUCCUCGGCGUCCGAACAAGAUGACGCCAACGAAGCCGCGGAGGCUGCCACCGAGGCCAUCACUGCGGCGACGAACGCAUCGGCCGAGGAGCCCGAGGACGCCGAGCCCGCCAACGACAAUGGCCGAGGAGCCCGAGGACAUGACACUGGCGCUGCUGAAGAUGACGCUGGCGCUGCCGAAGAUGCCGCUGAAGAUGACACUGGCUCUGCUGACGAGGAGGCUGCCGAAGACGACGCCCCGGCAAGCGUGGACGACGACGCCAUGGCGCCGGUGGCCAAGAAGGCCAAGAAGGCCAAGAAAGAGACGAAGAAGGGGGUCAUCUACAUGAGCCGCGUGCCGCCGUUCAUGAAGCCGGAGAAGGUCCGGCAUCUGCUCAGCCAGUACGGCGACAUUGAGCGUAUUUAUUUGGUCGAGGAAGACAAGACGGCGCGCAAGAAGCGGCUCAAGGCCGGCGGCAACAAGAAGGUCAACUUUACUGAGGGCUGGAUCGAGUUUUCGCACAAGUCGGUCGCGAAGCGUGUCGCGGCCGCGCUCAACACCAAGCCCAUGGGCGGCAAGAAGCGCGGUUUCUACUACGACGACAUUUGGAACCUCAAGUACCUCAAGGGCUUCCAGUGGGCGCACCUCACCGAGAAGAUCGCGUACGAGAACCGCGUCCGCGACCAGAAGCUCCGGCUCGAGAUCGCGCAGGCCGCGAAGGAAAACGCUGCGUUCAUGGAGCGCGUCGAGCAGUCCAAGCAGAUCGACAAGAUGGAGGCGCGCAAGAAGGCCGAGGCCAUCGCUGUGCCCAAUGCGAUGGACAACAUUCGGCGCACGUUCCGGCAAAAUGCGCCUGCCGACAAGUCCAAGCAGGCGUCGCUCGGCGAAAACUCCAAAGCGCUGCUCACCAAAGUCUUCAAGAAGCGCAAGCACGAUGAGGCGGCGUAACCUGUCCCAAUAUACUACUCUAGACUCUCUUCACCGAC